AUGAUUGGGCCUCGCGGCGCUGGAAAAUCCUCGAUUCUUUUCAAACUGAAGGUCGGAGAAAUUUUUAUGAUCACCCCAUGCCGGGGAUUUGAAAUUGACACCGCCGAUUACAAGAAUAUCUCAUUUGCUGUGUGGGAUACCGACAGAAACGAUCCUUGCCGGUCGUUGUGGAAGGACCACUUUAAGAACGCGUUAGGCUUGAUUUUUGUCGUUGACAGUGGCAACAGAGAGCGUAUAGUUGAAGCUAGAUAUGAGUUGGCGCAGAUUUUGGAUGAAGUCGAGCUCAGAGACACGGUUCUGCUUGUUUUUGCUAACAAACAAGUAAGAUUUUGAGUAGUUUUGAGAUAUUUUGAUGUUUAGUAUAAUAUUAGCUCAUAAAAAUACGGUGACGGACCUGAUCCAGUGGCAAAAAACGUACCAUUUUGCAUCCGGGAAGCAUAAAAAAUGUGGCAAAAUGCUUCCCUUUCCAAGUGAAAAAACUCCGUUUUGAGGGGCUCCCUCACAAAAAAGCGGGUGCGCUUUUGAAAUCGGAGUUUUUUUCACUUGCAGAGGGAAGCAUUUGCCACAUUUUUGAUACUUCCCGGAUGCAAAAUGGUACGUUUUGCCACUGGAUUGGGUCCCCCACUGUAUAAGCGAUCCAGCUAAAAACGAUUAUUGAGCUAAGAUAAUGGGUAUUAAGUAGUAAUCAGCCGCUUAUUGUGCUCUAGGAUUUGCCAAAUGCCAUGUCAGCGGCCGAAAUCACCGAAAAACUUGGGCUGCAUAACCUGCGCAACCGUGACUGGCACGUCCAACCCACUUGUGCCGGCACAGGCGACGGGCUCUACGAAGGGUUGGAUUGGCUGGCCAACCAACUUGAACGAAGAUAA